GUCGGAGAGGGAUCGAUAUCGUUCUGGCAACUUAUCACUGUUAUGGUAGAUUCAUCAUCAGUAUGAUUUUUUCGUAACCUAGAAAGACGUGCAAUAGAAGAGGGUAUGGCGAACCAGGGCUUUAUACCCGGCUCAGCCGUGAAUCCAUCAACUCAAGUUGAAAUAAGUGUUUCCUGCAGAAAUCUUCAGGACAAAGAUACCUUUUCUAAAUCGGAUCCAAUGUGUGUACUGUACAUCAAGGAUGCAAGAACAGGCUCUUAUCAGGAGUUUGGCAGAACAGAGAUGAUAAAGGAUACACUCAAUCCAGACUUUGUACACAAGUUUGUGAUGAACUACUACUUUGAAGAGAGUCAGAAGCUCAAAUUUAAAAUAUAUGAUGUAGACUCACCUAAACAAGCCCUAUCAGCACAUGAUUUUCUGGGGAGGUUGGAAUGUUCGCUGGGAGAAAUUGUUGGGGCCUCCAGUGGAAGGAUGGAUGCAAAGCUGCAGGGAUCAAAGGGUCGUGGACAGAUUAUUGUAAGAGCUGAAGAAAUGAGUUCUUCAAAGGAGCUGUUAACACUACACUUCAGUGGAACUAAACUAGACAAGAAAGACUUUCUGGGAAAAUCCGAUCCCUUCCUGAUUCUGUAUAAAGCCAAUGAGGAUCGCAGUUUCACAGCUGUUCAUAAGACAGGGGUUAUAAAAAAUACACUCAAUCCAACAUGGCGACCUUUCCAAAUUCCAGUAGCAAAACUUUGUAAUGGGGAUUAUGAUAG